ACCCACUCUAUGCUCACAAUGUUAGAGGUCUGAGUCAUCUUGGCAUCCGCGUUCUUGCACAAGAGUAAAUCGUAGAUGUUCGCAGACAUCGCUAGAAGCAAUCUCCUGUAUAAAACAGUGAUCUGAACUAUUCCCGAAUAGUCCCCUUGCAGCAAACACCAACGUGAAAGUCCGAAGCUUAGUUCACUGUUUAGCUAAGACAUACCACAAAGACACUGAGCCAACAAUUCGCGACUCACGAUACUGUCAAACACUUAACAGCAACAACAACCUCGAAAUCUAUCACACAUCCACCAAUAUGACCUUCGGCCCAACCCAGAUUAUAGCAUACAUGAAGGUGCGGAACAACAAACCGACCAAAAAGCCAACAGAAGAACCAACCACUAGACCACCCCAACCAAAAGUCGUCGGCAUGAAGAUGAUGACUUUCGACUAUAUGCGCAACCACAAGCACGCUGAGAGCCCCCAAUGUGCCUGUCACGACAUCGACGAAGUCCUCGCCAAAGUUCCUGAGAUCCAACAAAACCAAUUUGUACGUGUUUAUCCUUCCUCAGCGCCACCUCGGUAUGCUAACCAUCCUACCGGCGUCUCAAUGUUCCGCGAAAGGCUGAGCCUGGAUAUGACGGCCCCGAAAAUUUCUGGGGAGCAACCUCGACGCUCGCUGGAUAGUAUGGUUAUGGUGCCUGAGACGACUGGGGAGGACACUGGAAUGCGUGGAUUUGGGGAGGAGCAAAGGCGAGAUUAUCGGCAGGCUUGUGUGCCGCAGGUGAAGGAUGUUGUCGCCAGUUUCUUCAAAAGUGCUGUAGAGGUUGUUAAGCAACGUUCAAUAUCGCCAUCCCCGCAUUCUGACAAUACCGUCAGCGACGAAGAACCUUUCUCGGUGUUUUCCAAGCUUCCCGGGAUAGAAAAGCUGUCCAUGCUACAACCUCCCCCUCCGGCUGCAGUACCUCUUCAACGUUCCAACGCUAUCCGUUACCGAGACCAUCCGCGCCCGCAAUCCCGGGAUCAACAAGAUGCUACCACUUGUUAUCACCCUGGGGGUGAGGCAGACUCCUACUACUUACAAGACGUCGAAUACGAGAGACCCGGACGCCAUCCAACACGUCCAGAUUCUCCUAUCCCCAACCCAAAGCGAUGGGAAGGUUCGAUGGUCAAAGGUAUAACUUACUCCCAUGUUCGAUGCUACGCUAUACCUUCGGUAGGUAGCCCGCAGUAUCGUUCUUACGCCGACAUGGUAGACGAUGGAGCCCAUCCGCGUCUGCGUGUCAUGAAUCGUACGCCACCAAGUUCUUCUCCAUCGUCGCCAUCAUCAAGUUACGGGUCCUUUGCUGCGGAGGACGUUAAUUUCCGCGAGAAGCUCGCUGCUUCAGCAUCGUUGUGCUACCCGACCGAUGUUCCAGAUGACAUCUCAACCUCAUCAUCAUCAUCGUCAUGGCCAGACUACCCGAAAUAUCACUACGAUGGGCCACACGACGUUCCAGACGGUAUAUCAGAAGCAUUCCGAGCGUCUCGGCGUUUCUUCCUGGAUGAAUGGUCUAUCGAAGAGGCUGUUCCAGCGAAAGCUCGUUUUUCCCUUUGCUCCUCCUCAGAUGGUGAGACUGGAGACAUUGGAACUCAGCGUAAAUAUCUUGUCAAUGACAGACAAGACGAUGUUUCUGACGAUAUUCCAGAAGCGACCCUCGCAUCUCGACGGUUCUCUCUGGGUGAAUGGCCGGCCGACAAGGCGGUGCCAGCAGAAUCCCGUUUUUCCUUGUCAUCGCUAUUGAACGAUCAUCAUGGAGAUAUUGGGGUUCAGCGCUGGUGGGCUACCAAUACGCAUCGCGUUGAUGAUGACACUUCCGAAGAUGCUGAUGACGAAGGCGAUGAAGAAAGCAGUCCAAACUGUCCGUACUAUGUACGUCAGGGGCCGCUGAUGGUGCGUAAUGCGUCAGUGUCAAGGUCAUCGGAAGGCUCUGUCCCAGCUCGCGCUCCUACAGGUUGUUAUUACACACAAGACAGCGAUGAGACUUCGGAGGGUUACAUCGCUGACAGUGACUUGGGUUUCUACGAGGAGCUCUACGAAGAACCACAUUCAGACAACGACAGCCGAUCGAUUGAUCAAUCGCACUUUGCGGAUUUCGACGGAGACUUCACCGGCGUUCCUUCGCUUACCAACGGCACAUCGCCUGCGAACUCCUCGGAGAGUGGGUCCGGUAGCGGAAGGGUGUUGAGGGUCGUUAACGAGGCUUCCCAUGACCAUGACGCUGGAUCCGAAAACGGCGAGUGCCCGAGUGAGUGCGACGCCAAUGACGAACUUCCGCAACGUGGUCGAAGUAGGAGUAGAAGGGCAUAGUAAGUCGUGUCUGUCUGCGACCGGUCUUGCAUUCGCGUCCAGACUGAAGCAUCGUGAACCACACGUGAGAGGAAGACUGCGGGAUGAGGUAGGAAGAAUGCUACCAGAAAACCUUUGGGGAGGGUAGGUAGGAGACCGAGUCCAGAGAUAGGUGAUUCUUCUACGAGUCAAUGAUUGUAGGUUUUGGUAUGAAGUUCUGGCGGUGAGGAGAAUAUCGUGGCAAGAUCGACAGAGGGUCUGAACAUUUACUACUAUGAACAGAGCUGAGACGCAGAGGUAUUGAAGGAAACAUUGCGUUCGGAAAUCUCAGAAAGUAAGAUUGGAUGUGCAAUUAGAGCAGAGAUCAGUUCAAUGAAAGAAUGCUUACUAUGUCUUUAUCAGUCUAUAUGUUUUUGUAGCGUGCACAGCGCGUGCACUCUGAGCUUUGAACAGAACCUUGGAACGCAGCUGGAUCAAGU